AUGGGAUACGUGUGGCGUUUCAUCAACAACUGCAAGGUGCCCAAAAGUCAAAAGGAUGGACGAUCGUUCGGUCCCCUAAGCAUCGCAGAACUGCAGCAGACGGAGAGAAGUAUAUUGCGAGAGGUGCAACAGAUGGUAUAUCCGGAAGAAUACCGCAUCCUUCAUAAAGCCAGAGACAACGCCGAGCCCACACUUUUCGUUCAUCGCUCUAGUCCGCUGCGCAAAAGAAGCCCCUACAUGGAUCGAGAUGGUGUCCUUAGGGUCAAAGGUAGAAUCGACGCGUGCUCAUUCAUUAGCGAAGAUACAAAACGUCCGGUGAUCCUGCCCAAAGCUAAUGUCGUCACGGACCUGAUCAUCGAUUUCUACCACCGAAAAUAUCGACACGCGAACCACCUUGUCCUAAUAAAUGAAGUUCGCCAACGGUACGAUAUUCCCGCACUAAGAGCAGCGUGUGGUCGAGUGCGGGCUAGGUGCCAGCUAUGCCGAAUAAAAAAGGCGAAACCGAAUGUACCGAUGAUGGGAGAACUACCGGAAUGCCGCUUGUCGCCCUGCACUCGACCCUUCACCUUUACCGGAGUGGACUAUUUUGGACCGUUCACGGUAGUAAACGGUAGGAAAACGGAGAAAAGAUGGGGAGUUCUCUUUACCUGUCUGGUGGUGCGGGCGAUACACAUUGAAGUCGCGCAUACACUGUCCACUAGUUCCUGCAUCCUCGCCCUCCGCAACUUCAUAGCUCGCCGAGGAACACCAAACGAGAUAGUAUCUGACCGGGGUACCAACUUCGUCGGCGCCAAUCGGGAACUCCAGGAAGGGCUAAAAGAUAUAAACAUGAGUAAGAUCGUCGAGGAGCUGAACCUCACCAGCGUAAAGUGGACCUUCAAUCCGCCAGGAGCACCGCAUUUUGGAGGUGCCUGGGAGCGGCUCGUACAAUCGGUGAAGAAAACAUUGGCAAACAUUCAGUUUACCAAACAUCCAUCAGAUGCGGUGUUCAACAGUUGGUUGAUGGAAGUUGAAUUUAUCAUCAAUUCUCGUCCUCUUACAGAUGUUCCGGUUGAUCGUGAAGAGGACUCCCCACUUACGCCAAACCACUUCCUUCUCGGAUCCUCGUGCGGGGCCAAGCCGAUAACCAGCUACGAUGUGUCGGCCGAGUCUAUAAAAAACACCUGGAAGACGUCACAGGUGUACGCCGAUAUCUUCUGGCGAAAGUGGGUGUCGUGCUACCUGCCCACUCUUACCAAGCGGACCAAGUGGUUUGACACCGUGAAACCUAUUACGGUGGGCGACGUGGUGCUAAUCGUUGACGAAACACUCCCGCGCGGAUGCUGGCCAAAGGGACGCGUAGUUCGAGCCAUCGUAUCGAGAGACGGCGCGGUCAGACGAGUACACGUGCAAACGGCAUCCGGAAAAAUAAUCGAAAGGCCGGCUGUCAAGAUAGCAGUAAUUGACGUAUCCGCAUGA